AUUUUAAUUGAGUGAAAUAUCACAUUAAACGGACAAAUACAUAGCGUAAAAUGAGAACGUCUAAAUGAUAGCAUCGAAAUUAAAAAAUGGUUUUAAAUCUAUUAAUCAUAUGUAAAUAUGGUCCCUGAAAGUAAAUAUCAUCGGUGAAAAUACUAAAUGGUAGUAAAAAGUGUACACAAGCUGCCAAUAGUUCAAACUAUGAAUACAGUUUACAAAACUCGAGUCUUGAUUUCUUUUUUGAUGGAUCAUCAGUACCACCACAGCGUGGAUCACGUGAAGUGGAAUGGUGGCUCCCCAUUGGAACGAUUCCGGAGAUGUGUUCGACUGGUCAUCGUCUGUGUCCGCCUCUGUCAGCAAAGUCAAAAAAGCGUGGAGUCUCACGAGUCGGAGUUCCUGUCCGUAUUGCAGUACAUGGACACCCUGGAUGUGGACAGAGGGGGGUUGUACUUCGAUCCCUCUGACUACAAGAAAACCACUAAAGAGGAACGACUACCGUUAGAGGCCAGACGAAUUCUACAGAAAUCACAGGAGCUCAGAACGGACAAGGAGAUACACUAUCUCCAGAUCGUACUGAGGAAGAUUAAGGCGUUUGCUGAGUAUCCUAACGACAUGCAAAUAAAGUUAUGCCAGGUCGGCUGGUUUGAGGGGUACAAUCCCCGCAGGGCUAUCGUCAGACAGAAUCACCUACCCCAGUCCUUCUACUUCAUCCUUUGUGGCACAGUGUUGGUGACGGCGUUCAAUAAGAAGGACGGUCACACUAAGCUGCUGGUCAGUCUGCACAGAGGCAUGUCCUUUGGGGAAUUAGCAGUGAUAACCAAGAAGCGACGGCAGGCCACGGUCAGCACACAGACGUACACGGAACUCCUCUGUAUCUCAGCCUCGGAUUUUGAGACCAUUUUCAUGGCGGGAGGCGUAAAAAGUAUCACUGAUCCAAAACACAACGCCUUUCUGGGCAAGGUGCGCUGUCUCCGGGACUGGCCAAUAGAAGCCCUCUCCCAGAACCCACAAGCCUGCAUGUUCCACUAUUUCAAUCGUGGGGAGAUUUUGGUACGAGACAGUAAUAGGUCAGACUGGAUCUAUAUUGUUAAAUCAGGCAGUUUAUCAGUCGUAAAGAAGUUAAAAAAAGUAGAACCAGAAAAGAGCCGCCCCAGAACAAUACAUACUAUUCCAGGAAAAUCAUUAGAUAAUGACACUGAAGCUACUUCGAAAUCCUUCGGGACUUGGUCGUACAGAUUACAUAAUCGUCACAAGCGACCCUUAUCUGAGAGAGAACCGGAAACCUACAAAAGCAACUAUGAGUUGGAUAGACGUCUGGACCAAACACUUCCUGGAUACUAUAACACACGUGACAGACUAGGAGUAAUUGACUAUGAUGACGUCAUUAGUAGCUUCAAAACCCGUCUUUUGAAAAACCAGGAACCGGAAGAACCGACCGAGGACAAACGAGAGACGGAAACAGACACAGAGGCUUCGGACAAAACGGAAAAAGAGCCCUUGCGUCUGCCUCAGAUACACAAAACGUCAAAGAGUGUGGUCAACACAGUCUCCCAGAAUAGUGCGUUGUACACGGGCGCAUACCUAUCCUCUGGUUCCAUAAAGAGAAAUAAGGAUAAAAAGGCUUCAUUAUCGGAGGAAAUCACUCGAAAAGAAAAAGACCUCCAACAUAAACUGUCCACACAGUUAGAGGGGCGGAAGACGAUCGUAAAUGAGUACGACAACCGCCCGCCGUCACGUGUCGUGCUGACAGAGGCGGAUCUCCACCCCGUGUUUAUCGUGGUUCAGGUUCUCGAAAAAGGACAAUACUUCGGUGUAGCUAAUAUGAUCUAUCAGGACCAGCCAAGUAUGUCAGUAAUUAGUAAUGGUGCUGAAUGUAUAAUGAUUUCUAAGAAGUUCUUCAUGGAAAAGAAAACAGACGCCACAAUGCGGAGCAUCUAUCAGUCGGAGUCCCCAUUUCCAAACGAUGAAACCUUACAACGACAACUUCAGGGCUAUGUCAAUUGGCAAUCUCACCGGAAACGGAUAUACGAUAGGAUUGUGGGUCGCUUGGUGGACAGGAAGAUUAAAAAGAAACAGUUUGCUCCUCAGUUUCAAGGACAGUACUGUUUCAGGACCGGGCCAACGUGACCCUAUUUAACCAAUAGUUCAAAGUAACAACUACCGACAGACAUCAUAGUUAAACUCUGUUUACAUGUUAAUUCGACCCCGGAGCAAUAAAAGGAGAUGCUUCCAUUGACAGUGAGAGUCAACAUAUUUACAUGUCGGACUGCAAUAAAACAUUUAUUGUGGAGACUGGUGACUCUGUGAACACCUUUGUGUUCUAUAGCAUUUGUAACGAGAACAUUGAUUUCUACAGGAACCUGGAGUGUUCAGUGAAUAGAGCCAGGAAAUAACAUAGUUAAUAACAUGCAAUAGGUUUAACGUAUUCUGAAU